AUGGAAGGCUCGUGGUUCAAUCCCUUUCAUCUCGGGCGACAUCGUAAUGGCAUGUGUAUACAAGCACUUCGUCUCGACAAACUCUUUCAAGUGAGCUCAGGAUUACUAGAGCUCAACUAUUUGUGCUUUUUCAGGGAGAUUCUUACUGGCUACAACAAACUCGUACGACCGGUCAGGAACCCUGCGGAUACUUUGAAAGUUGAGAUGAAAGUGUUUCUGCAACAGAUAAUGGGUUUGGACGGGAAAAAUCAGAUCAUCGAGUUGAAUGCAUGGCUUAAAUAUGUUUGGGUUGAUUACCGGCUUUCAUGGAAUGCAUCUAAGUAUGGAGGUGUUUCAAGUGUUCGUUUUGCUGGAGGAGAAAAUCAGAUUUGGCGUCCCGAUGUACUGCUUUAUAACAGUGCAAAUGAAGACUUUGACUCAACUUAUAAAUCGAAUGAGGUUGUGUACAGCACUGGAGAAGUCAAUUGGGUGCCACCAGGCAUAUUUCGAGCGAGCUGCAAAAUGGACAUAACUUACUUCCCAUUCGAUGAUCAGCUUUGCUUUUUGAAGGAGCAAGCUAACGUUUACCGUUUACAGUUCGGUUCGUGGACGUACAAUGGCAUUGCUUUAGAUCUACAAAUCAUUACAGAACCCGGUGAAGAGCCAGCCAUGGAUCUAUCAACAUAUACACCAAGUGGAGAAUGGAAUUUAAUAAAAGUGCCAGCAAUCCGAGAAGUUUCUUACUCACAGUGCUGCCCGGAGCCAUACUCAACCGUGACGUUUUAUAUGCUUUUAAGGCGUCGAUCAAUCUACUACCUUUUCAACAUUGUCUUUCCAUCGUUACUAAUUUCUGUGAUGACGCUAAUUGGAUUUUGUCUUCCAGCUCAUGAUAUGAGCGAAAAAAUCGGUUACCAAACUACCAUACUUUUGUCAAUAUGUUUCUUUGUAACGAUUGUCAGUGAAAUGACUCCGCCUACGUCCGAGUCGGUACCUCUCUUAGGAAUGUUCUUCUCUACGCUCACAUUGAUAGUCGCCGUGUCAACGACAUUUACCAUCACUGUUCUUCAUUUCCGAUACCGUCAUCCCCAUAACACUAAAAUGACUCCUGCUCUCCGCCACUUCUUCUUAGAAUGGCUACCCAAAGUCAUUCUGAUGAGUUCAUGGGAACAACGUCGUCGCAGCACGAGUGACUCUUUUUCACAGAACGAAUGCCAACACAUCCGAAGUGAUGUGAAAAGCGUAGAAGAACUCAAGUUCGGUACUUUCGACUCUUGCGAAAGCAUGGAAUCUCUGCUCUCAAACACUAUUUCUUCACUACGAAGGAAAAGGAAUACCUACGAAAAGCUCUAUUUGCAACGGAAGAUUGGCGAAGGCAUACUGACGAAACGUUCAACGCUAAAGAAAUCACGAUCAGCAUUAUCAAGAGAUACUCCAUCAAUGAGCAGCAUAGGCGCUUGCUCGACUACAUUCCGGACCCGACUUCAUGUCCAAAAUGGGGCGAGCGCUUUCAUCAAAUGCUACUCCCUCAUUCUCAAGCGGCUCAAACAAGUCCGUCUUCGAGGCGAGCACUUGAGAGUGACCGUAAACGAGCAGGAAGAGUGGAAGUACGCUGCUCUGGUUCUCGAUCGCCUCUGCUUGAUUUUGUUCACUCUACUGAUGUCAUCAUUUGGAGUUUCAAUGAUUAUCUCUACACCACAUUUUGAUGCUUGA